GGCCCGUGCCCGGCACCCCGCCCGGGCGGCCCCGGCCGCUCGGCAGGAGGCGGCCGCAGGCCCCGCCUCUCCCCGCAGGCUCCCGGGCGGAAAGCUGGGGCGGGCGGGGCCGCUCGCCGCCACGGGUCGCCGGAGCCAUGAGCUCCCGCCGCAGCGAGAGCGACUGGCAGGGGCUGGUGAGCGAGUAUCUGGUGUGUAAAAGGAAGCUUGAAAGUAAAAAGGAGGCAUUGCUAAUCCUUUCCAAAGAGCUGGACACCUGUCAACAAGAAAGAGACCAGUACAAGCUUAUGGCCAACCAGUUGCGGGAACGACACCAGUCUCUGAAAAAGAAGUAUCGAGAGCUGAUUGAUGGAGAUCCAUCUCUUCCACCUGAGAAGAGGAAGCAGGCAAAUCUUGCUCAGCUACUGAGUGAGGCUCAAGAUCGAAAUAAACAUCUUGGAGAAGAGAUCAGAGAGCUUCAGCAGAGACUGGGAGAAGUACAAGGGGACAAUAAGCUCCUUCGAAUGACAAUAGCGAAGCAAAGACUUGGAGAUGAUGAAGUUGGGGCUCGUCACUUUGCAGCACAUGAGCGGGAGGACCUUGUUCAACAAUUGGAGAAGGCUCGAGAACAAAUCGAGACUCUGAGACAGGAUCUUCAGGCUGCACUGGAUGAGUUACAGGAUGUGAAAGAGGAACGCUCUUUUUACCAAGAUAAGUCUGACAGACUAAACCAAGAGCUUAAUCAUGUCUUAGGAGGGCAUGAGAACCGUAUCAUCGACGUAGAUGCUCUGUGUAUGGAGAACAGGUAUCUUCAAGAGAGAUUAAAACAACUUCAAGAGGAAGUCAACCUUCUUAAGUCUAAUAUUACUAAAUAUAAGAAUGCACUAGAGAGACGAAAAAAUUCAAAGACUCACAGUAGAUCCAGUAGCAGUGCUCUGACUGGAGUCCUGUCUGCAAAGCAAGUCCAAGAGCUGUUGUCAGAGGAUCACGGCUGCAGCCUGCCAGCCACACCACAGUCCAUUUCAGACCUCAAAUCACUGGCCACUGCAUUGCUGGAAACUAUCCAUGAAAAAAACAUGGUCCUACAACACCAAAGGCAAACCAACAAAAUUCUAGGUAAUCGAGUUGCAGAACUAGAAAAGAAAUUAAGAACUUUGGAAAUUGCUGGCUUGUGGAGUCUUCCAGGCCUGAGCUACAAUGUCUCAGUGGGAUUUGGGAGCGGAAAGGAUACCAUAACAUUCAACGACCCAGCCUUGCCGGUGAUCCAGCGGUCCAGGUCACCAUUGUUGGCGUUUACUGAUAAGCCACAGAAAACUGAGGUGCAAGGUGAGCACCUGGAAUCAGAACAGAAGCGAGAACGUGAUGAAACUUGUACUGUUGCAAGUGAGUCCUUGGCUCCAGAGGGAACAAACUUAAGUGACAGAAACCAAAAUAAACAUUUUUAUCCUUCAUUACCUCAGCUACCUUCUGAGGAAGAAGAAAUAAGCAAGCUCGGAAGUCAGAUAAUUAAACUGACAGAGCAGGCAGUUGCAGGACUGGAACGGAGAAGAGCAGGCGCUUCCGCAGGGGAGCAGAGCGCGGAGGCUGGAGCGGAGCUUAAUGGUUCGUCUGAGGGAGAGUUCCUGCUUUCCAGCCCUGACCCAUCUGACCCCACGGAUCCCUCAAACUCAGAGAACGAACAAACAGCUGAAACUGAGGCCCUGAAAGACAAUGAUGCAACCUCAGAGAGCGAUUGUGAAAUUCCAGAUGAAAGAGGACAUCGAAACAGCAGCACUGUGGAUGUGGUGCGUACUGGGGAGCCUGGAAGGCACACGGGGCUCGGUGUUACAGCGACACACACGAGUAACAGCUCUGAGAAGCUUCCUGAAUCUGAAAACAAGAAACCAUCUGAUCCUGCUGAAAACUGUGAAUAUUUGGAUAGCAGUUUGGCUUGAGCUCAUCUCAUGAAAACACAGGAGUUAUUUAACUAGAUACCGAGAACCCAAUUUAAUGUAUCUCUGAGGAAAACGUCAUCAGAGAAGCCAGAAGUCUUUCUGUGAGAAGCAGCAAUGCUGUUCCAAAGUAAGGAGAACAGCAAGAGGAGAACCAGCGAUGCCCUGUCCACCUGCUUGGCUCUGUUACUGGAACUGCAUUCACAGAAUCACCUCAACCUACAGGAGCUGGAACAGCCCUCGGGCUGAGGAACGGGUGGUACAUCUCAGCCUACUCCAUCUGUGCCCUCCUUUUUAAAGGAAUCUGUGUCUUCGUUUUGUCAUGGUUUGGAAUUAAGGAUAGAUAACUCCUCCUUUCCUCCUCAUUUCACCAGACUGUGGUGUAACAGAAGGUUUAUUUGCAUUGCUGCCGCUUUCUUAAACCUCUUCCUUUGUUAAUAUUUAGUUAUAGGACGACGUUCCUAUGAUAACUGGGGAAAAGGGAGGCUGCUGUGUCAUUCCCUGUUCGCUCCUGCUGCUGGAGCUGUGCCAGUCUGCUCCUAGGAAGGCAGCAACAAGGGGAUACUUAGCGCUGAAGUUAGCAGCUGUUGGAGAAGGGGAGGCACGUCCUUCCUCUCCUGUUUGUAGCAUAAGGAAUAGUCUCUGCAGCUGUGGAGCUUCUAUGGGCCAACAGCCGUCAAGGCAAUUUUUCUGCUGGCUUGAGACCUAAUUGUCUGUAAAUGUUCGUUUCUCACUCCUAGGACUUGAAACCAAUCAGCGAGAAUUAAACCAAAUUUAAUAAAAUACUACUAAUAAAAAGGAAAAUCCCUCCCAGAUUGAAUCCUUCUUUGACAAAUAACUGCCAGCUGCAAAUUUUUACAGCCCACUUGUCAGUUACGGAAUAAACAGAGUUUAUAUUAGCCGUACUGACAAACUCUUCUGUAUGUGGAAGAUGAGCUAGCAGGUGCUGCCAUAAUCAAGGUGUUAGAGUCCAUGAACGGUUUGUAUUCAGCAGAAGAAAGGCUGUAUGUAAAUGAUUACAUAUAAAUAUAAGGAAUGAUAGUGGGAAGGUGAAAAAUGUGGCUUGUCUCUCUUCUCAUGUGUUUUCCUGAGCAGGUGCAUCCAUGUAACCCUUUCAGUGUCUGUCUGCAGGCUGCAAAGCCACACUCACUGUGCUCCUCAAAUAUGUUUCCUUCCUCUUUAAAUGUAAUUUGACAUUGCAGCGUUUCACUGAUAUUAAGCAGCAGCCCUUAGGAACAAAAUCCAUCCCUAUAUUUAAGCAUAUUAGGGACAUGGAGUAAAAAGUUUUUCUUUCAUUAUCCUCAUCACCAUUUAAGUUCCUCACCACCUGAAAAAACGAGAAGAGUUUAAAUGUUUGAAAGAUUGUUAUGCUGUUCCCAUUAAUGGUAACCGACUGCACUAUUGACUCAUUUAUACAACAGUACUGACAGGUCGGAAGAGAAAUAGCUGCAGAAACUGAAAUCUCCAGGAGAAUGUGGCAGGGCUUUUUCCUUUAGUGCUUGAAUGUCACAUGAAGUAGCAUUUUAUUCAAGAUGUAUUCUUUUCAAUCUUUCACAGACUACUCUUGCGCAGAGCUAAAUAUCAGUGCAGUCAGAACAGAGGCAAGUGAAUAAGAAGGUCAGGAUUUCACGUAGCUGAUCUCUGAAACAUUCAGGAUGUUGCGUUGCCUGCCUGAUGCACAGGUGUGUGAGUUGGCGUUUUGCUCCUGGCCCUUCAGCAACCAGUUAAUGCCAUUAACUAAUUAAGAGCUUGGUGCAAAAAUUUGAGCAGGUAGAAGCAAUGCUGGACCAGCAGCUUUUUAGGGCUGCAUUUGCUCAUUCUGUUUGUGUUUUCUCUGUGAGAACAUAGUGAUGUACAACCCAACAACUAGGACAUCUUGGUAAUUAUCCAUUCUCCCUCUUACAGGCCAUUUUUAUAUCUUUGCAAUCAUUAAAUUGCAGUGAAAUAUCUAGAUCUCUGGAAACCUAAUUUUCAGUGCUGUGUCACUGCUGCAACGCUGUCCCCUCUCCUUUCUGCCCUAGUGAAUGUGUAUUCUAGCUCUGGUUUUAGCCUUCUUUUGAGAACACAAAACUCCAGAGCUGGGAAACUUGUAAGACAUUUGCUGCACUAUGUGUGUCAAGAUCUUCCUUGGAUGUUGCUUUCAUUUAUGUUGGUUUGCUAAUAGAACAAUGAUUAUUUAUUUUUCCCCAGAAAAUUAAUUAGUGUUUUGUGGUGGAAUCAAGACUACUUGAGGUUUUUUUAGGGGAGUUGGUUUUGUUUGGGGUUUUUGUUUUGUUUGAGUUUGUUGGGGUUUUUUAGACUUGUGUUCACUUUUUCUGGAACCGCAGAAAUGCAGAAAUUGCAUCCAGCCAUAGAAGCCAUUCUGGGCUCCGGGAAGCAAACUGGGAAGGGAAUAUUGUGGCGUGGAUAUAGAGAAGAUGCAUUUCACAAACUGGUUCUAAAGAAGUUUUCUCACCUAAAAGUGAAUUCGUGCAUUAUCUGUGUGAAAAUAUGAUGUUGUAGUUAUUUAAGAAAAGUGUUGACUGAAUUUGUAAAAUAAGUGCGUGAAAAUGACAGAUGAAGACGCAUCUUUUAGAAUGCUGCUGCUUUUCUAAGUGAGACUAUUUUAAGUAUAUGGGAAUUUGUAUAAUAAAGAAGUGGAAGUUCUUUAAUCAUUAUGAGCUCAGGAAUGUAUUUCAAAAUCCUAAGUGAGAUGAAGUUGAAAGUCUACAUCUCUAAAACAUAGGAUUUUGUUUACCAGCUUCUGUUUUGUAGUUUUACUUUCUAAAUUAUGCAGUUUAAUUUAUUUGCAAACCUCUCUUUUAUGCUGCUUGGAUUAACUGCACAACAUGGCUCAACUAUAUUAAUACAUUUUGUCAUCUUUAAUAAAAACAUUUCCUGAUA